AUGGAAAAAUCCAAAGAAGAAUUAGAGCUCCUCCUCCAAGAUCCACGAAAACGGCAAAGGACCACAUUCUCACAAUCGCAGUUGCGGAUCCUUGAAGAUGCAUUUGCUCGCCAGCAGUAUUUGGUUGGUAGCGAACGCGUACGACUUGCUGCCUUGCUCAACAUUGGCGUUCCACAGGUGAAAGUAUGGUUCCAAAAUCGUCGAAUUCGUUGGCGACGCGAACAGCGAGAAAUGCUCAUGGCUCAAGUGCAAUCCCAACCAUAUCAGAUGACAUCAAGCUCUGGAAUCAAUCCAUCAGAGGAAUCACUUAUGACGAAGCAAUUCACCAACCAGCAAAAGCUUCCAAAUAUAGAUGAGCCAAAUAUCUAG